AUGCCUCCAAUAUAUGUCAAGGGUGGUGUUUGGACAAAUGUUGAAGAUGAGAUUCUUAAAGCUGCAGUUUCAAAAUAUGGGCUAAAUCAAUGGGCAAGAGUCUCAUCACUUCUAGCUAAAAAAUCUGCUAAACAAGCCAAGGCAAGAUGGCAAGAAUAUCUAAAUCCCAAUGUCAAUAAAUCAGAAUGGACUCGUGAAGAAGAUGAAAAGUUGUUGCGACUUGUAAAAUUAGUGCCGAAUCAAUGGCGUACGAUUUCUCCUAUGAUGGGUAGAACCGCUACACAUUGUGUUGAAAGAUAUCAGAAAUUACUUGAUGAUGCAAGUGGGAUAGAAGUCAAUGAAUCAACCGAUGUUGAUUUCACUGGUCCAGGGAUAGAAGCACUCCCAGGAACCGGUAAGGCAAUUGCAGGAGACUUGAAUAUAAAUCCAGAAAGUAAGCCUGCGCGUCCAGAUGAAGAAACAAUGGAUGAUGAAGAAAUGGAAAUGCUUUCAGAAGCAAGAGCUAGACUUGCCAACACGCAAGGUAAAAAGGCACAACGUAAGGCAAGAGAAAGAAUGUUAGAAGAAACGAAAAGAAUUUCACUUUUACAAAAACGUAGAGAACUUAAGGCUGCUGGUAUCAAUGUAUCACUUGAACUGAAGAAUAAAAAGAAGAGGAAAGAAUUUGAUUAUAAUGCCGAUAUCCCACAUGAAGUUACGCCACAACAAGGAUUGUAUGAUGUAGAAGAAGAAUUACAGGGUAAUUUAGCUGAUAAAGUACAAUUUGUUAAGUCAGUGCAAGAGCUGGGGAUCCCUCUUGAUAAAAAUGAAGACAAAUCUAAAAGAAAACGAACGAAAAGACCCCAAAAUGAUGGAGGUUCAUCGCAAUUUGAACCUAUAGGAUUUGAAGGAGAAGCAGAUAUACGUGAAGAUGAGAGACUUGUGAAACGACAAAAGUUUAAUAUCCCAGCACCUAUAAAUGAAAAUUUUAAAAAUGAAGCCGAACAACAUUCAUUCUCUGGAAUAUUUGUAAAGUCAGAACCAAAUGAUGUUGGAAAGGAAGAUUCAAACACUAACGAAGAGGGGAUAGAUGAAAGAAUCUUGAAAGCAACGUUGGAACUUAAGAAAAAGCAGGGAAUAACAUCUAGUUUAAUUCAGAAUGAAGAACAAGAUUUUGAAUCAUCAAUUAAGAAUGAUAUUACACCAAAACAAACUCAAAGUAUCGAAAAGAAAAAACCCAUAAAAUCAUCUUCUUCAAUUAAGGGAGAAUUAUCUAAAUUAUUUUCACUUUUACCAAAACCAAAGCAAGUACAUGAUAUAGUACUACCAAGUUUUGAUGAUAAUGAAACUAUGAUUUUAACUCUGGAAGGAACUUCCAAGAAUUUAGAAAAUAAUGAUAGAGGUGAAAUAUUGCGAAAUUUAGCAAAAUUAAGUCAAGAAACCUUGGAAAGAGCCAAAUUAAGACGUUCGCAGGUAGUUCAAAGGGGACUUAACAUUCCGAAUCCCGAUAAGGUGAACUUGAAACUUGCUGGAUUACUGGAAUUAGAUCGAUUAAUCGUACAUGAAGUUUCAAAUCUAAUUAAAUCUGAUUAUGCCAAAUAUGUUGAUUCCAAAAUUCCUACUGAAUUGGUUGAAGAUCUUGAUGAAGAAGAAUUUGCAAUAAUCCAUGAUGAAAUAAAUAAAGAAUUGGACAAUAGUGCUGAAAGAGUCAGACUUCAAGAGAAAGAAUUCCUAGUUGGGAAAAGUUUUGAAGAUGCAGAAAAGGUGAUAAAUUUACUUCAUGAAUUUUAUUCAGAAGCUACAAGGAAACAAGAAGAAUUAACGUCAAAGAUAGGAUAUGAGGAGUUUGCAGAUAUUGAGAAUAAUAUAUUACGGGCAAUAAAGGAUACUUUUAUAGAGAUUGAAGAUGUUGACAUAUCAUUAAAGAAUUAUGUCGCCAUGUCACAAGAAGAGGAAAUAGCAAUGGCUACUAGGACAAACAAUUUACAAAAAAUGGUGGAUGAGCUAGUACAAGGUGAACAAAAAGCUAGUAGUAUUCUCAGAGAAAGAAGAAGAGUACAGUAA